AUGGAAAUGCAUAUAUUCAAGAAGUCGAAACAUCUCGGCCAAGAUGGAGCAAUUGAUGUCCAGAGAAUGAGUUCUCUCAUCGAUCGCCCUCUGCCUCUACCCUCGGAAUUAUUUCUCAUCAUACUGAAAUUCCUGGAGAAAGAGAGAGACAUCAAUUCACUAUGCCGAACAAAUCGACAAUUAUACGCUCUUCUGAAUCCAUACCUCUAUCGAGUCAACGCUCGGAAUUCAAGAAGCUCGGCGCUGAUAUGGGCUUCCAAACGGGGAGCUGAAGUCACAGCUCGGAUUUCAAUACAAGAAGGGGCUGAUGUAGAACUUAUGGAUUACGAUCGCCAAACCCCAUUAUCUUUAGCCGCGUUAAGUGGUCAUGUGGGGAUGGUGCAGCUUUUACUGGGGGCUGGAGCGGAUGUGGAUUCAAAGGAUAGUUCGGAUCAAAGACCAUUAUGUCUAGCUGCAGCAAAUGGCCAUAAGGUCGUGGUACAGAUUUUACUUGGGACUGGAGCGGGUGUGGACUUAAAGGACGCCUGGGGUCGAACACCAUUAGGUCUAGCCGCAGCAAAUGGCCAUGAGGCGGUGGUGCAGCUUUUACUUGGUGCUGGAGCGGAUGUGGACUUAAAGGACGCCAAGGGUCGAACACCUCUAUCCUGGGCUGUGGAAUCUGGUGAUAAGUCAGUCGCACAACUAUUACUUGGGACUGGCCAGGUAGAUGUGGACUCAAAAGAUUCUGAUGACCGGACACCGCUAUCCUGGGCCGUGGAACAUGGUCAAUAUGCGAUGGUUCUGCUAUUACUUGGGACAGGGCAGGUUGACCUGGACUCAAGGGACUACUGGGGCGCAACACCACUAUCACGGGCUGUCGAAUAUAGCCACAAGCUGGUGAUACAGAUAUUGCUUGGGACGGGCAAGGUUGACCCAGACUCAAGAGACUCUGAUGGUCGAACACCAUUAUCCUGGGCUGCGGAGAAAGGCGAUGAGGCGGAAGUAAGGCUAUUACUUGAAACCGGCAAGGUUGACCUAAACUCAAGGGACUUUGAGGAUCGAACACCAUUACACUGGGCUGUAGAGAAGGGCGAUAAGGCGGUAGUAAGUCUAUUACUUGGGACAGGGAAGAUUGACCCAGACUCAAGGGACUGCUUAGGCCGUACAUCGCUAUCCCGGGCUGCAGUUGAAGGUGAUGAGGUGGUAGUAAGGCUAUUGCUUGGGACGGGCAACGUUGACCCGGACUCAAGGGACUCCUUGGGUCGAACACCAUUAUACUGGGCUGCAGUGAUAGGCAAUGAGGUGGUAGUAAGGCUAUUGCUUGAAACUGGCAAGGUCAAGGUGGACACAGAGGACUCUGAAGGCCAAACACCUUUAUCUAUGGCUACAAUAAACGGCCACAAGGCGGUAACGCAGCUAUUACUUCGGAGCGAGAUAGAUGUCGACCAUAGAUCUGAUUAA